AUGAAAUUCACUUCGCAUCUUGGCCUAAUUUUUGUCUUAGUGAUGGUCACAAGUUAUUCUGCUUCUAUUGAGGCAAAUCCUCGUCACCAACUUGAAAUCGUGCUUAACUUAUACUAUAAUUAUGAUGGCAAGGAUGCUGCUAGCAGAAAUUGUGAUCAUCAUCCCGAUAAUCCAAAAUGCGAUUACCUCUUUACAAUUUGUGUUGGGCACAAUUGUCGACAUUUGAAACGUGAAGUUGGACCAAUUUUUAAUGCAGAAAUCAUAUCUCGACCAGAUAUUCGUCUUAGAAUUAAUAUCGAUGGCAUUUUACCGUUAAAGCGAGAAAAUAAAGAACUCGAGUCAAACAAUAAUUAUAUAAUAGAUGCAAAUUCAUACAUAUACAUAUGUAUAUCCAGUAAACGAAAUUCCCAAAAGUAUGGUAAUACUGGAUGUAAGCAGAGCAGAGAUGCAAUUAGUAAUCGAAAAGUUUUAACCUUUGCAAACGGGUUAGUAGCUAAAGCCUAUAUGCCAAUCAAAAUUACUGUUCGAGAUUUUGAUACUCUUCAACAUGAUGAUAUUGAUGUUUUGCAUGGGUAUAUUCCAUUAACUGGAAAUAUUGGUCCUAUUCCUGAUCGCCUAUUCGGCAAAAAAAGUAUAUUUUACAUACGAACUAAAGUGACCUGUGCAAAAGGUUAUUCAGGCCCUCGAUGCAUUAAAGGUAUCACUUCGCAGCAACAAACGUUAUACUACUUUGGACCCGAAUACGCUCAUGACGUAAACCAAUUACGCGUAAAGUUGGUUCGUUACUUGAACCCUGGAAGCAGAGAUUCUGGCGAUAAUGCUUGUGAUUACUGGCCCUUAGAUUCCAGAUGUGAUUACAUUUUUAGUCUAUGCAUUGGAAACGAUAACGAUCAAUGCGGCUAUAGCCGUUCAACGCAUAAGACUUUUAUCGAUGCUAAUGAAGAAUUUUACCCUUAUCUUACUAUUCCAGUUCGAUUUACAGAAACUAUACCGAAAUACGUGAACCUACAUAUGGAGGUUUAUGAUGAUGAGGCAAUACAACGAGAUGUUCUUGUCGAUAUUUUUGAUCAGAAAGUCGAAAUUAGGAAAACAUUAAAUCCAUACAAUAUCGUCAUUCAAGGUUUACAUACAACUGCGGAAUUUGAAGUUACAGCAAUUUGUAAAUAUGACAAAAAAUGUUUUAGUGCCCACUAA